CGGAAGUGAGGGCGGGCUGUGGGGGCCGUUGCCGCAGUGACAGUGCCCGGGGAGUCCGAAGAUGGCGGCGUCGCGUCGCUCUCAGCAUCAUCACCACCAUCAUCAGCAGCAGCUCCAGCCCGCCCCGGGGGCUUCGGCGCCGCCGCCGCCACCUCCCCCGCCACUCAGCCCGGGCCUGGCCCCGGGGACCACCCCAGCCUCUCCCACGGCGGGCGGCCUGGCCCCCUUCGCCUCCCCGAGGCACGGCCUAGCGCUGCCCGAGGGGGAUGGCAGUCGGGAUCCGCCCGACAGGCCCCGAUCCCCGGACCCGGUGGACGGCACCGGCUGUGGCACCACCGGCACGAUCUGUUCCGUCGCCGCCGCUCCCGUGGUACCCGUGGUUUCCGCCGCAUCUGCCGUCGGAGUCCCUCCCAACCCAGCCGGCGGGGGCAGUCAUAAUAAUUCACCGUCGUCCUCGUCUUCCCCAACUUCGUCCUCCUCUUCCUCUCCGUCCUCCCCCGGAUCGAGCUUGGCGGAGAGCCCCGAGGCGGCGGGACUGAGCGCCGCCGCGGCCGCCGCGGGGCCCGGGGCGGCGGGGCCGGGGCCGGGGGUCCCCGCCGUGAGCGGGGCGCUGCGGGAGCUGCUGGAGGCCUGCCGCAAUGGGGACGUGUCCCGGGUGAAGAGGCUGGUGGACGCGGCCAACGUGAACGCCAAGGACAUGGCCGGCCGGAAAUCUUCCCCCCUGCACUUCGCUGCAGGUUUUGGAAGGAAGGAUGUCGUAGAACACUUGCUGCAGAUGGGUGCUAAUGUCCAUGCUCGUGAUGAUGGAGGUCUCAUCCCACUUCAUAAUGCCUGUUCUUUUGGCCAUGCUGAGGUUGUGAGUCUGUUACUGUGCCAAGGAGCCGAUCCAAAUGCCAGGGAUAACUGGAACUAUACCCCUCUGCAUGAAGCUGCUAUUAAAGGGAAAAUCGAUGUAUGCAUUGUGCUGCUGCAGCACGGAGCAGAUCCAAACAUUCGGAACACUGAUGGGAAAUCAGCCCUGGACCUGGCAGAUCCUUCAGCAAAAGCUGUUCUUACAGGUGAAUACAAGAAAGACGAACUCCUAGAAGCUGCUAGGAGUGGUAAUGAAGAAAAACUAAUGGCUUUACUGACUCCUCUCAAUGUGAAUUGCCAUGCAAGUGAUGGACGAAAGUCUACGCCUUUACAUCUUGCCGCGGGCUACAACAGAGUUCGGAUAGUUCAGCUGCUGCUUCAGCAUGGUGCUGAUGUUCAUGCAAAAGACAAAGGUGGACUUGUGCCUCUUCAUAAUGCAUGUUCAUAUGGACAUUAUGAAGUCACAGAACUGCUACUAAAGCAUGGAGCCUGUGUUAACGCUAUGGAUCUCUGGCAGUUCACUCCUCUGCAUGAGGCUGCUUCCAAGAAUCGUGUAGAAGUCUGCUCUCUGUUGCUUAGCCAUGGUGCUGAUCCCACAUUGGUCAAUUGCCAUGGGAAAAGUGCUGUGGAUAUGGCUCCAACUCCUGAGCUCCGGGAGAGAUUGACUUAUGAAUUUAAAGGUCAUUCUUUAUUACAAGCAGCAAGAGAAGCAGACCUAGCCAAAGUCAAAAAAACACUUGCCUUGGAAAUCAUUAAUUUCAAACAACCACAGUCUCAUGAAACUGCACUGCACUGUGCUGUGGCCUCCCUGCAUCCCAAACGAAAGCAAGUGACAGAAUUGUUACUUAGAAAAGGAGCAAAUGUUAAUGAAAAAAAUAAAGAUUUCAUGACUCCCCUGCAUGUCGCAGCAGAAAGAGCUCACAACGAUGUUAUGGAAGUUCUGCAUAAGCACGGAGCAAAGAUGAAUGCGCUGGACACUCUUGGUCAGACUGCUUUACAUAGAGCUGCCCUCGCAGGUCACCUGCAGACCUGCCGCCUCCUGCUGAGUUAUGGCUCUGACCCCUCCAUCAUCUCCUUACAAGGCUUUACUGCAGCGCAGAUGGGAAACGAGGCAGUGCAGCAGAUCCUGAGUGAAAGUACACCUAUGCGUACUUCUGAUGUUGACUAUCGACUCUUAGAGGCAUCUAAAGCUGGAGACUUGGAAACUGUGAAGCAACUCUGCAGCCCUCAAAAUGUGAAUUGCCGAGAUUUAGAGGGCCGGCAUUCUACGCCCUUACACUUUGCGGCAGGCUAUAAUCGUGUGUCUGUUGUGGAGUACCUUCUACACCACGGUGCCGACGUCCAUGCCAAAGACAAAGGUGGCCUGGUGCCCCUUCAUAAUGCUUGUUCAUAUGGACACUAUGAAGUAGCUGAGCUUUUAGUAAGGCAUGGGGCUUCUGUCAAUGUGGCGGACUUAUGGAAAUUUACUCCUCUACAUGAAGCAGCAGCUAAAGGAAAAUAUGAAAUCUGCAAGCUCCUUUUAAAACAUGGAGCAGAUCCAACUAAGAAGAACAGAGAUGGAAACACACCUUUAGAUUUGGUUAAAGAAGGAGACACAGAUAUUCAGGACUUACUGAGAGGAGAUGCUGCCUUGCUGGAUGCUGCCAAGAAAGGCUGCCUGGCAAGAGUGCAAAAACUCUGCACCCCAGAGAAUAUCAACUGCAGAGACACCCAGGGGAGAAACUCAACCCCUCUGCACCUGGCAGCCGGCUACAAUAACCUGGAAGUAGCGGAAUAUCUUCUAGAGCACGGAGCAGAUGUUAAUGCCCAAGACAAAGGUGGCUUAAUUCCUCUUCAUAAUGCAGCGUCCUAUGGGCAUGUGGACAUAGCAGCAUUAUUGAUAAAAUACAACACAUGUGUAAAUGCAACAGAUAAGUGGGCUUUUACUCCUCUUCAUGAGGCAGCCCAAAAAGGAAGGACCCAGUUAUGUGCCCUCCUCCUAGCGCAUGGAGCAGAUCCGACUAUGAAGAACCAGGAAGGUCAGACACCCUUAGAUCUGGCAACAGCUGACGAUAUCAGAGCUUUGCUGAUUGAUGCCAUGCCCCCAGAGGCCUUACCUACCUGUUUUAAACCUCAGGCUACCGUAGUGAGUGCCUCUCUCAUCUCACCAGCAUCCACGCCCUCCUGCCUGUCCGCUGCCAGCAGCAUAGAUAACCUCACUGUCCCUUUAGCGGAAUUGGCAGUAGGAGGGGCGUCCAAUGCAGGGGAUGGCGCAGCGGGCACAGAAAGGAAGGAAGGAGAAGUUGCGGGUCUUGACAUGAAUAUCAGCCAAUUUCUAAAAAGCCUGGGUCUUGAACACCUUCGGGACAUCUUUGAAACAGAACAGAUUACCUUAGAUGUAUUGGCUGAUAUGGGUCAUGAAGAGUUGAAAGAAAUAGGUAUCAAUGCAUAUGGACACCGCCAUAAACUAAUCAAAGGAGUAGAAAGACUCUUAGGUGGACAACAAGGCACCAACCCUUAUUUGACUUUUCACUGUGUUAAUCAGGGAACUAUUUUGCUGGAUCUUGCUCCAGAGGAUAAGGAAUAUCAGUCAGUAGAAGAAGAGAUGCAGAGUACAAUUCGAGAACACAGAGAUGGCGGUAAUGCUGGCGGCAUCUUCAAUAGAUACAAUGUCAUUCGAAUUCAAAAAGUUGUCAACAAGAAAUUGAGGGAACGAUUCUGUCACAGACAAAAGGAAGUGUCUGAAGAGAAUCACAACCAUCACAAUGAGCGCAUGUUAUUUCAUGGUUCUCCUUUUAUUAAUGCCAUUAUUCAUAAAGGGUUUGAUGAGCGACAUGCAUACAUAGGAGGGAUGUUUGGAGCUGGGAUUUAUUUUGCUGAAAACUCCUCUAAAAGCAACCAGUAUGUUUAUGGGAUUGGAGGAGGAACAGGCUGCCCCACGCACAAAGAUCGGUCAUGUUAUAUAUGUCACAGACAAAUGCUUUUCUGUCGAGUGACCCUUGGAAAAUCCUUUCUGCAAUUCAGCACCAUGAAAAUGGCUCAUGCCCCUCCAGGACAUCACUCAGUCAUUGGGAGACCAAGUGUGAAUGGGCUGGCAUACGCCGAAUACGUCAUCUACAGAGGAGAACAGGCAUACCCAGAGUAUCUCAUCACGUACCAGAUCAUGAAGCCGGAAGCUCCUUCACAGACUGCAACCGCCGCAGAGCAGAAGACCUAGUGAAUGCCCACUGGUAAAGCCAGAUCAAAUUUAAGCCUAGGACUGGACUCGAAUGGACUCUUUCCAACAAAACCAACAUUCUAUAAAUCCCUGACAGCCUAGGAAAGCUGUUUGUCAUUACGAAGCAUUGCUAUAGUGAUGGAUAUAGUAUGAGUAACUGAUACAUACUCAACUGCUGCUGUUCCCUUUGAGGAAAUGUUUACAGGGGCGGCCUUUUAAUAUAACUCAGGCUCACUUUCAUUGCAGUUAUCCAUUCCUAAAAUAAGAUUGCUUUGAUCUAGACUUGGAAAUGGAAAAAAAAGAAAACAUAAACAGUACGUUCCCAAAUGUUCACAAUUUACACACUACAUUUGCUUUGUUAUAUAUGCCUUUUAUAUAACAAGUACGCAUACCCGGGCUCACUCUUAGUUUUUUCUAAACAGGCGUCAUUGGCUUUUUUUUUUUUUGCUUUUUUUUUUUUUUGAUAAUGAGCUGGAGCCUUCUUGAUGAUAUUUUGCACAAAGUCUCACUGACUAAAUCAUUAGCCAUGCAACCUAAGCUUCUGGCUGAGCAAGACUAGUCUCCAUUUUUUUUUUUUCCACUUUGAUUUAUAUGUGUAUUUCUUAUAAACAUGAAUUAAGAUGGAAAGGGAAGAUAUCAGGUUUCAGUCCUUUUAUUGAUUGGCCAGUCUUACAAGAGAAAGGCACAAGCAUCAGCCUGGCUUGGAGCUCCCAAUGUGAAAGAAGCAGAGGAUGAGAGCCUGCUGUCUCCGGUACAAGCCUGCCUCAGAGGCAUCAAGACCUGCUGGGGCCCAACGGAGCCAGGGAUGGGGGUGCUGCCACCAAGCCUGGAGGUGAGACAACCAGGGAGGGCUGGGAAGAAGCCGCUUCCUGCGAGGAGCCUGUGGUUCUGUGCUGGUGAAGCAGAAGGGGACUGCGGGGACGCCUCAAAGAAAAAAAUCCUCGUCAUUUAAUCCGCCAGAAUCGUCCCAGAACAGCUGCCUUACCCAAAUUCAGUCAAAAUGUACUUCAUUGGAGUCACAGAAAUAUCACUUACUGUUUCUCUCUGUUGAAAGCUAGUGUUUAAGUCCUAUUUAGCAGAUAAAUAGGCACAAAUGCAAGGACUUCUUAGUUUACUCAAGAUUUGGCGCUUAUUUUGAGUGAGGUUCUUCAGAUAGUCUAGAUAGGUCCCUGCACUAAAUUUUAGAAUGGUAUCUUCAAGCAUCUGAGUAGACAAGAACAAAAACUUGAAACCAAAGCGCUUUCAGUUAUUUUCUUAAUGAAGAUGGAGAAAUGCCAUGCUGUUACUUCAUGAAGUUACUACUUUGUUUAGCUUGUUUAAUCAGCAUUUGCUAAAUGCAGACACUUGUAAAAAAUUAGUGCAGUUCUUACGCGUGCCCUUUUCACUUAACUGAACAUCAAAUAAGUGCAUUGGUUUAUUACUUUCACAUGCUGUGCACCUACUCGGCUUUGAAGCAAAGUAAUAUGUGGUAAAGAAAAGGAGAAAUAGGAUGGCACAAACUUGCCAUUCCAACUUGAAGUCCUGAAAACUAAUUUGUUUUUUAAUGCAGGCUGAUUUAGCUGUGACCUCAUUUAAUCACCUGAAGCAAAAUAAAAUAGUUACAUGCAAAGUUCCUAGAAUAGGCUCUUAAAAUAUACAUUUCACUUUCUCUCUGGCUUGAAUCCGUUGCUAGAACUAGGCACUGGGCAUUAGUUUGAGUUUUCUAGCUCAAAAUUAAAUCAAGAAUUAGCCUCCGUUUUUUGCUUCUGAUGAAGUGUCAGUGGCCAGGCUGGGUGUGUGUGUCUCCGCUCCUUGUGUAAUAUCACUAGAAUUCCAUAGGGAGCUUUGAAGUUUGAUAUUCAUUAAGAGGGCUGUCUCCCCCUUUCCUUCUGUUUUGCUGUGUAACAGUGGGUUGGUGAAAUUGGCAUCCGUGUAGUUUUCAGUGGCUGUGAAAGUGUAUAUUAUCUCCCUUCUUAGACUUAGUUUAAAAUGGUAAACAAAGCUGUGAUUUUUAGUUAAGUAAAAGGGUUAAUAUGGUAUAGAUACCAAAAGCUUUAUAGCUUUUCAAAAAAGAUAGGCCACUAUACGACUAUGGUUGUAUGUCAUUUCCAUCAUGCUAACUGGAUUAAUGGAUGUGCCAGUUUUAAACUUCAACCUUACACUUGAGAAGUCAAACUGUGGUUCAGUAUUUAAACUGCCGAUGUUAUAUAUCGUCCAUUCUGUGUGCUGAGUAAAGGUGCCGUGUAAGGGAGACAUUCGCAGUGCUUCUUGUCUUAUAAUGAUUCAAGUAUAUAGUAGUUCUUGGAAGAAGGGUACAUAUUAUUCAUCUGCUAAAGAGAAUGGGUUCAUUAACAUCUCACAAGAACCAAGUACAUGUCUUCAAAACUUGGAAACCAAAGGUCAUCAUGAGUGUACUCAAAUUAGCAAGUCAGUUACAUUUGGGAUUCCCAUCCAAAGCAGUGUAAAAACCCUUUGGAGUGUAAAAGCAUGGCAUUGAACUAGGCUGAAGUCCACUUAGGUUCGUGUAUACGUGCAUACUCUACAGAAACACUAGCAAGUUGAGGACUUCCAACAUGGCCUCCCCUGAACCGGCCGCUCUGUUACCCAAACUGAAUGAGAGGGAGAAUCUGGACACCAUUAGCCCUACUGCAGUGCUGACAUCAGUUCUAGGCAUGGCCAGCCUGGAUGCUUGAGGCAGACAAGUGCUCUGUACUGGACUCUUUCUCCUAUUUGGCCUCCCCUUUCCCCAGGCUGCUAGUCUGGAAUUAUAGAUAGCGCCAGCAAUUACCUUUGACUCCACUCAUUUUCCUAUCUUCAUUUUGAAUCUUGCAAAAGGAGACUGUACCUUUCUGUUUCCAUAUCACACCCAGACCCAGGUGUUCGGCCUGCUGCUUCGCUAAACAAGUGAUAGUGUGGAGCCCAGAGUUUUAGUCCUCUGCAAAAUAACACCCGUACAACCAGGAUUGUUACUUACCUUCUCCUUCUUGGAAUUUAGUUUCUAGCUUUUCAAUAGCAAGUAGAAUAAACAUCAUUAGGAUGUUUCCAUGAACCAGCAUCCUUGUGUUCUUUGGAGCUUGAUGUUAAUUUCUCUUUGCUCUCAGUGCAUUGAUAGACAUUGAGAAAUGCCUGAAUGUGGCAAAUAAAGUAAUAUAGAUUAAUAUGCUAUUAUUAUAGCCUUUAU